UUUAAUCCUAAUUUACUUUAUUGUGACUUUUUGUCACUGAACUCGUGAAACGUUUUGCACCAACAAGGCACUGGCAUUAAAACAAUUAUCAACCAGCAAUCGAAAUUCUACUUUUAAACAAUGUUUAUACUGUCAACUCCUUAAAAUUUACCAAAAAAAAAAAAACAACCAAAAACUGUGCACAGGCUAAGCAGAUUCUAAGAAAAUUAGAUUUAAAACAACGUCCCAUUCAACCUGACAGUGUUAGAUAACGUGGGACAGGAGAUUUCAGCGUUUCAAGCAUAAAAAAAACUACUCUUAGCAAUAAGUCAAUGCAUCAAAUUGCUAAAACAGUAAUGAGUUGUCAGUUUAGUUUUAAUAAUAAGCUAUGUGAGUAUAUAACUUAACAUAUUUUAUUAGUUAAUAUACUCAGGCAGUUAAUAUUAAUUAGCCUACAGGAAAUGGCCAGCGCGAUGUUAAGGGGAGAGGAGAGGUGAAAUAAAAGUAAAAUAAUAAGGAAAAGCAGACUGAAGGCAAGAGGGAAAACAUUAAUAUACAGUAUCCAUGGACGAAAGACGGUAGCAGGGGCUGUGACAAGCAGCAAAUGGGGAAAGGGCAGUGUCCAAAGAUAUAUUAUUAAAACCAGACCCUUUUUUAAACAUGAUUGGAGCUCAUGUUCUGAUCAUUUGUUUUUUAAUCGAUUAACAAUAUUCCUGCUUUGAAUUCAACGAAAUUGAAUCCCAGAAAAUUACACUUUGGCAAAAGAGGCUGACAGAUGUUGUUUAUUUCAGAAUCGUUUGUUUUUAAAUUGUUUCUACAACCUGAGUUUAUUGCGGCCGUGUCUUUACCAGAAAUCCCCCCUGUGCUUAUCCCAUAGAGUCAUUAUGACUGUAAAUUGUUCGCGUUGUUAAUAACGGUUUUUUUGAAUGGGCGGGGCUUGGGUUUGGCGGUGACGACAUAUUCACGCGACUGCACCGCGCGUUAUUUGGAGAAGGAGAGUUUUACGUUGGCGGAUAAAUCGUAUCGUUCAAAAAUAUUACUUAUUUCUGGAUUUGUCGAGGUGUUCGGGGUGUCACAGCAGGCAUGUUUAGUCCCCGCACCGCCCCGAGCUCCGGCCGGAGGCAGCAGGGCCGGACCACCGGGAGAAAGAGCGUCUCCGGAGCCUCCAACAGUCUGCUGUUCUCCCCGCGGAGGACGCCGCUGUCGGCGAGGUCAACACCCACCCGAGUGCAGAGUCAUGCAGCUGCAGAAUCGAUCAACUAUGAUGUCCAGACCUUCGGCUCUUCACUACCUGUCAAGGUGAUGGAGGCGCUGACGAUGGCUGACGCUGAUGACCAGAUCUCAGUGAAGGUGAACGAGAGUGGCUGGGCCUGGAUGGUUUGUGGGGAGAGACUGAUCAUCUGGAAGAUCUGCCAGACUGCUGUGGCCAAGCUCUCGGUGUGUAAGGAGCUGCAGCUGCCCAGCAGCGAGUACAACUACACAGCUGACCUCGUGGCCGUGACGUCCGCCGCUCCUCUGGAGACGGCAGCCGUGCAGUCCAUCUCCGUCCUGGCAGUGGCCACGGAGGGAACGGCUCGUUUCUGGCCCAGCCUGGCUCAGGAGGGCAACUAUACAGAGACGGACGUGGACCUGGGAGAUCUCUGCAACUUUGUUGUUGCUGUCAGAGGUGGAAGCUUCAUCUUGUCCUCAGUGAAGAGUCGGUUGUUGAGAGUCAGCGCAGAUUCUUCGGGAAAGCUGCAGUACCGAGCUCUGCAGCAGGGUCAGGGCAUGUUGUCUGGCAUCGGACGCCGCGUCUCCAGCCUGUUUGGCAUCCUCUCCCCACCGGCCAACGACACACUCCACAGUGUGCUGUGGGCGGGCAGGACCAGCUGCCUGUACACGCUGACCAGCUCCAGUCUGAGUAAAUGGGAGAUGGACAGCAGCUGGGAGCACCAGAUCCUCAGCUGGGACGCCCGCAGAGCUCUGACCGAGAGCAUCGCUGAUGCCAUCUGGGGGUCAGAGAGCAACUACGAGGAGAUGAAGGAGGGGGCGAAUGUGGCCUAUCUGGAUAUGAAGCUCAGCCAAGCCGGCCUGGUGGUUUUGGUUGCAGCCUGGCACCCGUCAGACAGUCCCUGCCUGGCCUACUUCUGCCUGGUGACCCUGCAGGACAACGGAGCCGCCAUCUCUGACCAGUUCACCGUGGAGGUCACCAAAUACAACCCUCCGUUCCAGAGCGAGGAGGCCCUGCAGGCCACACGGCUGGUGUUGCCACCUUCCCCCGGCUCCACCGCCUUCCUCUACAACGAGGAGCUGGUGUUCGCCUGCUCAACUGGAACCAGCCGGGGAGGAGUGCCUGAUGAGAAAGUCAGCUUUAACUCGCCCGGUGACGGGGUACGCGGAGGAGGCUGCUGCGCCAACCUGCCGGUGUUCUUCUCCCAGAACAGCGGCCUGCUGGCGGUGGUGGCCCGGGAGAGCGCCUCCAUCCUGCCGGAGACCAUGGAGGACUCGCUGUGCUCCUCGCUGGCUGCCGCCCCGGAGGUUUCAGCCAUGGAGACGCCGACCAGAGCAGAGCCUGUCGCUCAUGAGGACAAAACCAAACUCCUGAAGGCGGCUUUCCUGCAGUUCUGUCGUAACGACCUGGUGGGGGCUCAGACCGUCACAGACGAGCUCUUCCCCGCUGACGGCGACGGAGAGGAGGGGGCAGAGCUGGACAGCGUGGUGACUCAAAUCAACCUGGAUCUGGUGGACGAUUACCCGGCCUCCGAUCCCCGCUGGGCUGAGUCUGUCCCCGAUGAGAGCGUCGGCUUUCCUCUCACCUCCCUCAUCAUCCUCCACCAGCUGGAGGACAAGAUGAAGGCUCACGGCUGCUUCAUGGACUUCCUGCUCCAGGUGGGUCUGCUGGACCGGCUCGGCCAGGUGACAGUGCGCUCGUCUCCCAUGGCGACCCGCCUGCUUCUGUGCGAACACGCCGAGAAGCUGCAGGCGGCCAUGGUGCUGAAGAACCACCACACCAAACACGCCGAGCUGGUCAACCGGGCCAUCGGCACCGCGCUGCAGAGGAACAACAUCGCCGUGCCGUCCAGCCUCACCGCCGCGGACGUCUUCUUCAGAGAGGUGUCUCAGAUCUCCUCGGUGUUUGAUUGCCUGCUGGAGGAGGAGGAGCGGAGUCUGAAGGAGAACCCGGUGGACUCGGUGCAGUGGGCCGAGGUGGUUCUCACCGUCAACAUCAUCAUCAAGGACGUGCUUCAGGCUGCCGGGCAGUACAGAGACACCAAGGCCUCCAUGUACAGAGCGUCUGAAAAUGCUGCCGCAGAGCCGGAGUACAUCCCAUGGACGGCAUCAGGCGGUGUGGGCGGCGUCCGUACCGUCAUUUCCCGCCAACACGAGAUCAUCCUGCGCUCGGUGUACCCGCACGCCGACUCGACGCUCCGCGGCGCCCUGUGCGAGCAGCUGGUGGCGCUGCUGGACAUCUACCUGGGCGGCUGCGUGUCCCAGCUCACCUCCCUGCAGCAGCAGAGGCCCCCGGGGGCCCAACAGGAGCGCUACAACAGCCUGGAGAUGGAGUACAGCCAGCGCCGCUCUGAGCUGCUGCAGCCACUGUUGGAGCUGGGUCAGUACCAGUGGGUGGCAGCGCUGGCGGAGAAGUACUGCGACUUCGACAUCCUGGUUCAGAUGUGCGAGCAGACCGACAACCAGAGCCGCCUGCAGCACUACAUGGCCAAGUUCGCGGACCAGAACUUUGCUGACUUCCUGUUUCGCUGGUACAUGGAGAAGGGGAAGAGGGGCAAGCUGCUGUCCCAGCCGGCCGCCCAGCACCAGCAGCUGGCCAGCUUCCUGCAGGCUCACGAGCACCUGAGCUGGCUGCACCACAUCCACGUCCACGACUACCACAGUGCCCACAGGACGCUCUACGGCCAGGCCAACAUGGAGACACGUUACUUCGUGAAGAAGAAGACGCUGCUGGCUCUCAGCAAACUCACGGCGCUGGCCUCCGACCUGCCGGAGGACAAGCUCAACAAACAAGUCGACGACAUCGUGGAGCAGGAGCGCUUCCUGCUGCAUCAGGAGACUUUGCCCCGACAGCUGCUGGAGGAGAAACAGCAGAACCCCGACACCAUGCCCCUGCUCAGCGCUCACAACCUCAUACAGUUGUACAUCUGCGAUGACAACCGAGGAGCCAACGAGUACGACUACAAAAAGGCCCUGGAUCUACUGGAGUACAUCGACGAGGAGGACGCCGUGGACAUCGACUCGCUGAAAUGUGAAAUCUUCGGCAAAGCGCUCAGGAGAGACGACUGGUCCUCGGCUGACGGGAACGACGACCCCCUGGAAGCCGCCAAGGACAGCGUCUUCGUCAAGAUCCUCCUCAAACUCAUACAGGAAGGUGUUCCCCUGCAGACGUACCUGCCCGACAUCAAAGAGCUGCUGGAGUCGGACGACCUGAGCAGCUUGAAAUCCAAACCCUAUUUUGAAUUUGUCCUUCGAGCCAAUUACGAACAUUACCUACAAGCCCAGAUGUGACGACUGCUCCCCCCGUCGACGCCCACUGCACUUCAGCUUUCCUUUGCAUUCGAAUCAUUUUCAAGAUGUGUUUGAAUAAUUCUGCCAUUUUCUAAAUAAACAUGUUGGUUAUUUC